CACACUAUUAAACUAAUCCAAAGUCCAAACACACACACACACACACAGAUGGGGUGGGCAAUUGCUCUACAUGGUGGUGCCGGAGACAUCCCGCUCUCGCUGCCACCCGAGCGCAGAGCGCCACGCGAAGCUGCUCUUCGCCAUUGUCUCCAACUAGGCGUCGCAGCUCUCAAGGCUAAACAACCACCAUUGGAUGUUGUUGAACUAGUGGUUCGAGAGCUUGAAAAUAGUCCUUGCUUUAAUGCGGGUAAGGGGUCUGUAUUGACUACCCAAGGCACAGUAGAAAUGGAAGCUUGCAUCAUGGAUGGUAAUACAAAGAACUGUGGGGCAGUUUCUGGUCUUUCCACCGUUGUCAAUGCUAUAUCUCUUGCCCGACUUGUUAUGGAGAAAACCCCUCAUAUUUAUCUGGCGUUUGAAGGCGCAGAGGCAUUUGCAAGGGAACAAGGUGUUGAAACUGUAGAUGCAAGCCAUUUCAUUACCCCAGAAAAUAUAGAAAGGCUAAAACAAGCAAAAGAAGCCAACAGGGUUCAGAUAGAUUACACGCAGCCCAUCCAGAAAGACCUACAAAAUGAAACACACAUUGCCAGUGGAGAUAGCCAAAUUGGAACGGUUGGAUGUGUGGCUGUUGAUGACCAAGGAAACUUAGCCUCUGCAACUUCCACAGGGGGUUUAGUGAACAAGAUGGUGGGAAGGAUUGGAGACACCCCCGUCAUAGGUGCUGGAAUUUAUGCCAAUCGGUUCUGUGCGGUCUCUGCUACAGGAAAAGGUGAGUCAAUAAUUCGUGCAACUGUGGCUCGGGAUGUAGCUGCGCUAAUGGAGUACAAGGGUCUUUCUCUCAAGGAAGCAGCAGCUUACGUCAUAGAGGAAUGCGUUCCAAAAGGCGAUGCUGGCUUAGUUGCCGUCUCUGCCACGGGGGAAGUCACCAUGCAGUUCAAUACUACAGGCAUGUUUAGGGCUUGUGCUACAGAAGAUGGGUUUUCUGAAAUUGGAAUAUGGCCUUCAGUGUAACUGUAACACAGAGAGAUUCUAUCAAGUUUUAGUUUGUGAGCUGUGCAGCACUGCAGCCUGUGCUUGAUCACCCAAUCAGUGGGAAACAUUACUUGAACAAUCACAAAUAAAAAUUGGAGGUGCUUGUGUAUGAAAUGUAAUUAAUGGUUGAUGAUGUUACAACAAAUUAAAAUGAUGCCAUGCCUUGCCCUGUAAUUUUUCUUGGGCCUCCUUGGAACCGCCUGAAACAUGUUAGACGUUAUCCUUUUGGCCAUCGGAGGAGGUUUAAGUUUUGGAACCUAUUGAUCUCGUUGACCGUUCAAUUGUUAGGGUUGACUUUAAA